UGGGACCGCCGGCCCGGCGGGAUUGGCCGCGUUGAAGGGCGCGCGCGGCCGUGCCACCUGGCCAUGGAGGCCGUGCUGUGCUCCGAGCACGGGUCCCUCUGCUUCCUGAAAACGGGUGUCCGCGAUGGCCCCAGCAAAGGGAAGAGCUUCUACGUGUGCGGGACGCAGGGCCCCGCUGCCUGCGGCUUCGUCCUCCCAGCGCCGGUUCCUGCUUCUCACUGCUUGAUCCAUGAGGGGUGCGUGGUGGAGCUGCAAGUUCUGGUUAAGCAGCCGGACAGAGAUGAAUACCAGUUGUUUUACCGGUGUCUUAAGAGUAAGUUGAAUGGGAAGAAAUGGUGUGGAAGUUUCCCAUGGCAGGAUCCAAAAGCUACCAAAGUGUCAAAACACUUGGAAUCCCAGCCCAGAACAGUACCUUUCUUCAAUCCCAUUAGCCAAAGAAAUCCAUUCAAAGUGCUAGAUGAGAAUCGUGCUCCAUCAUCCUGGAAACAAAUGAAACAAAGAAAUGGAGAGGAAAUUAAAGCAAAAGGAGCUAAAGCAGAGAAUGAGAGUGUGCUGGUGUCACAUAAAGAAAAGAAAUUGACCUCUGAUUUUUCCACAGAGAUGGUACCUCUAGAACAACUCAAAAAUAAAAAUGAAUCAUCCACAGGAACUAAAAGUGAUCUGGAUCUUCAGGAGACUACAGUGUCUGUAUCUAAACUUUGCCUUUCUGAGACCAGGAAAGAGAAAAAUACACUUUCAGAGGAAGAGAAAUAUGGUGGUAAUGCCAGGGAAUCCAAGAAGCCUUCUGAUUUUGUGGACAAGGAGCCAGGCACAAGAUCAAAACUCUUCCCACUAAGUCUUGGAAAGCAAAGUACAAGUACCAGGCCUCCAGGAGAGGAGCAGCUUGGAGAAAAAAGCUUAAAAAGUUGUAGGGAUAAAGACACAAGAGAGAAAGAUUGCAAUGGUCAGAAGAAUGGUGAAAUGACACUGGUGUCUAAGGAAGAUGCCCCUUCCCCAGCAGGAGCACAGUUGGCAUCGCAGUGUGCUGCCCUGAGGAGAGGGGCAGAGGCAGAGCUGCCCAAGGCACAACUCGGGCCAGGGCUGCCACAGUCUCCUGGUAAAGCCUCUGCCAGUGAUAGUGAUGAAGAACAAUCUGUUUGUUCCUCAUCAGGUGAAAGUAAACCUGAGAAAUCAGUUAAGAUUCCUUCAGAAAAAUCAGGAAAGAGUGUGCAGGGGACACCUUUGCCAGGAGCAGCAGCAUCACAUCGCAUGGAAGGACCCCAGGACCCUAAAGUGCUUCAUAACCGUCUUCUACUCCAGCUGAAACAGAAAAAGAGUACAUUGGCUACAGUGAACGUUCAGAUGCUGCCAGAUAAAGGGGAGCGCUUAUUAAAGCAAGUGCGGGAUUUGGAAGCUGCACUCAGUGCUCUUAACAUUUCAACAGCAGAUACUAGUGAAAAUGUGAAUGUUGGUGUGCAGAAUCUGUAUGGGGGAAAAAUGACAGAAGACCGAAUCAGGGCUGUACACAGUGCCACAUUUGAGGCUAUUAAUCAUCUUCACAAAUCUCUAGAAUCCUGUCCAACAGAGGAGACAGCAGCUGAAGAUCCCUCUGGCCUCAAGGUCCCACUGCUGCAGCACCAGAGACAGGCACUUGCAUGGCUCCUCUGGAGAGAGAGUCAGAGGCCAUGUGGAGGAAUUCUGGCGGAUGACAUGGGCUUGGGGAAGACUGUAACCAUGAUUGCUCUCAUUCUGGCCCAGAAGCAGCUGAAGACAAAGAAAAGAAAGGAGACAUUAGAAAUAUGGCUAUCCAAAAAUGACUUCACUGUUAUCCCUUCCCAUGGCACUUUAGUUAUUUGUCCUGCGUCCUUGAUCCAUCACUGGAAGAAAGAGAUUGAGAGAUACGUAGUCUUUGGCAAACUGAGGGUCUGUCUGUACCAUGGGGCAAAUCGAGAUAAGCAUGCAGAGCUGCUUUCUGGAUAUGAUGUUGUUGUCACAACCUACAGCCUUCUCUCCAAGGAGGUUCCCGCAACCAAAGAGGAGGGGGAAGUCCCUGCUCAGGACCAUGAUGUGGGGAGUGGAUCAUGUCCCUGUUCCCCUUUGCUCAGGGUAGCUUGGGCUCGAAUUAUAUUGGAUGAAGCUCACACUAUUAAAAACCCACGGGUUCAAACCUCUAUAGCUGUGUGCAAAUUGAGAGCCAGUGCCAGAUGGGCUGUCACUGGGACACCAAUACAGAACAACUUGCUGGACAUGUACUCUCUCCUGAGGUUUCUACGUUGCUCUCCUUUUGAUGAAUACAAAGUUUGGAAGUACCAAGUAGAUAACAACACAAGGAAGGGAGGGGAGAGGCUAAGUCUCUUAACCAGGAGCCUCUUACUGCAGAGAACUAAGGACCAGCUGGAUUCAGUUGGCAAGCCCCUGGUAUCUCUGCCCCAGCGUAGGACGCAGUUGCAUCAGUUAAAACUUACAGCAGAGGAGCAAUCUGUAUACAAUGUGCUCUUCGCAAGAUCCAGGUCAACACUACAGUCAUACCUAAAGAGACAAGAACAGAAAAAUGAAGACAGAGAGUAUGAUGGUGGUAACCCCUUUGAGAAAGUUGCACAAGAGUUUGGAGUCAGUCAAAAGGAAUUUCUAGCAGGCUCACAAAGUGCCUCCCAGGUCUCAAGUACUGUCCAUGUCUUGUCCAUGCUCUUGAGACUCCGUCAGUGCUGCUGCCAUCUCUCCUUAUUGAAAGUGGCUCUGGAUCAAGUUAACUUGAACAGUGAAGGCCUUGUACUCUCCAUUGAGGAACAGCUUGGUGCUUUGACACUGUCUGAGCUCUGGACUCCUGAUUCCAAGUCUACAGUCUACCUCAAUGGCACAGCUUUUCAAAGAGAUAUCUUUGACAUCACCAGGGAGAGCACCAAGAUAGCUCAACUUUUGGCCGAAUUGAAAACUAUUCAGAGUCACCCAGAGCCUCAUAAAAGCGUGGUUGUCUCUCAGUGGACGAGCAUGCUCAAAGUUGUAGCUGUGCACCUGCAGCGCCUGGGACUGAAGUAUGCCACAGUGGAUGGCUCUGUCAAUCCCAAACAGAGGAUGGAUGUGGUGGAAGAGUUCAAUAACAAUCCCAAAGGGCCUCAGGUAAUGUUGGUCUCGUUGCUGGCUGGAGGCGUUGGCCUGAACUUGACUGGAGGAAACCAUCUCUUUCUCCUUGAUAUGCACUGGAAUCCUGCUCUGGAGGACCAGGCAUGUGACCGCAUUUACCGUGUGGGGCAGAAGAAGGAUGUUGUGAUACACAGGUUUGUCUGUGAAGGAACGGUAGAAGAAAAGAUCCUGCAACUCCAGAAGAGGAAGAAAGGUCUUGCCCAGCAGGUUCUGUCAGGCACAGGAGAGACCUUCACUAAGCUCACUCUGGCUGACCUCAAAAUUCUCUUUGGUGUCUAAUUAUCAUUUGCAGUACCCAACAGAAAGUAAUUUAUACCUGUGAGUAACUGCAGAUUUCAUCAUAAGGCUUCUGUUCUGAAGUGGUUGUUUAUUUUGAACAACAACUACAUGUUUGUAACUGUUCUGGAAAGUUAUCUACUUCAAUAGCUAGUUUCAAUACUGAUCAUUUAUAUAAAGGUUAAUAAAGUUUUAAGGUAUUGUUUUGAA